AUGACACUGGAAUGCGACUCUGAUGAUUACAGGUUGAUUUUUUUUGACAAUGAAGAUUGGAGUUCACAUUUUGAUUGCCAUGUUUAUAGUCAUAAACAAGGUCCUUGGAGCUUAAGGAAGAACCGUUUCUUUGCUAGAUCUAGGAAUUUGAAAUUUGACAUGCCUGUGAUUUGCAAUGGCGUCAUUCACUUCAUCUCGGAUUGCUACGGUUAUCUUACUGAAGAUAGCACUUAUUUGAGGCCUUAUAUCAUGUAUUACGAAAUCACGAACGAUGAUGUUGAAGAUGAAAGCGUUGAAACCAAGAUUUUGAGGGUUCCUAAAGAAGCAAGAAGGGGUUCUCAUGAUGACAGUUGCCAUAUGAAUAUUUUCAAAUGGGGAAAAGUUACUGGCUAUCAAACUAUUUACUUAGUUAGAUUGAGAAAGCGUGUGUUUACGGUUUGGAUUCUAACAAACUAUGAAUCGAGUUCGUGGAGAAUGAUCAUGAAGGUGAGAGUGAAAGGAAUGGGUUUAGUGGAACAGAACCCUGUGAUCAAAGGAUUUACCAUUUUGAAUGGUGAUCUUGUUUUUGCUACGAAGAAGAAGGUCUAUACAUAUGGUUUAACUAGUGAGAAAUAUAUGGUGCUCUCGAAAAUUUGUGAGCAUGGGUGUGACUCUAGAUUUGUUCGUUUUGUUCCUUAUUCAGAUACUCUUCGUCCAUGUUAA